AUGGGUUUCGAAGACAAGCGCGUCGCCAUCAUCGGCGGCGGCCUGGGCGGAAUGUCCUUCUUGAACGCCGCCCUGUAUGCCGGCCUGAAGAACGUCCAGCUUUACGAGCAGGCGCCGCAAUUCGGCGAGGUCGGAGCCGGCGUGAACAUCACUUCCAACGCCAAUCGCAUUCUCGACGCAUUCGGUUUGCAGGAGAGCAUGACUGAGAAGUCCUCCCGCCAACUCCCCUGCUACAUGGAGUAUCACAACUACAAGACCGGAGACUACCUGGGCCACAUCGACGAAUUCUCUCGGCCCCCCGCCCGACUACUGCACCGCGCCCAUCUGCUGGAUUCGCUCAAGGAGCGCGUGCCCGAGUCCUCUGUGAACUUGGGCAAGCGAUUGGCAUCCAUCGACCGAAGCGCCGCCGGCGCAGCGCCGUACACCCUGCACUUUGAAGAUGGCAGUACCGCCGAGGCGGAUAUCGUCAUUGGAUGCGACGGUAUCAAGUCCAAUGUGCGGCUGGACAUGGGUCUGGGCGAUUCCCCCAACUAUUCCGGCCAGGUCGUGUACCGUGGUUUCGUCGACUACAAGGACCUGCCCGAGGAGACGGCGCAGCUGCUCCGGAAGACGGUUAACUUCCGUGGUCCGAAGCGACACGUCCUGAUCCUGCCCAUCGGAAACAAGGAGACGCAGACUGAUCGCGCUGCGAUCAUUGGCUUUAUGUCUGAGCCGCUUGAAGCGUGGGAUUCGGAGAGCUGGAUGUCCCGCUCGGAUAUCGAGAGCUUGCAUCAGCAUGUGAGAGACUGGUGUCCGCAGGUGCAGGAUAUCAUUUCUGGUCUGCGGAAGGGCUCGCCUGAUGGUCGGAUGCUGAAGCAGGCGCUUUAUGUGCGGGAUCCGCUGGAUAAGUGGUAUGAGAUGAAGGAUGGCCAGAAGGAUGCGGGCAUCAUUCUGCUGGGUGACUCUGCCCACUCCACCCUUCCUCAUCAGGGACAAGGAACCUGUAUGGCGAUCGAGUCUGGCAUUGCUCUCGCUACCAUCCUGCGUCACUGGAAGGGUGAGAACCUGGCGGACGCGUUCCAGUUUUAUCAGGAUCUGCGCAAGCCUCGGACAGACCGGGUCACGCAGACUAGCUAUGAGGCUGGCAAGCUCGCUAGCUCAGAUAGCCCUGACCAGAUGACUGGUAACUUUAAUCCCGAGGCGCUUGCGGAGCGCAUGAAGUGGAUUAUGGAAUAUAAUGUGUUGGAGGAUUUGAAGAGCAAGGGGGCUGAGGUUUUGGACUUUCAGGACUCCCGCCUGUAA